AUGGCGUCCAACCCCCCUGGUGCUUGCUGCUUCACUGGCUUCAGGCACGAAGGUACCCCUGAAGGAGAGAUCAAGUCUAUCGGCAAUGUCCGCGCCUAUUUCUCAUACCCGAAGGACAACAAGACGCCUGACAAGGCGGUCUUCAUCAUCACCGACGUCUUUGGUCUCUACAACAACAGCAAGCUGCUCGCCGAUGACUUCGCCUCCAACGGGUACCUGACCGUCGUUCCUGACCUCUUUGACGGCGAUCAGCUGCCCCUCGACGCUCUCGAGACCGGAAAGGUCAACAUUCAGGAGUGGCUUGGCAAGCAUGGCACUGACAAGGUUGACCCUAUCAUCGAGGCUACGAUCAAACACCUGAGGGAGGACUUGGGUAUUAAGAAGAUUGGCGCGGCUGGAUACUGCUUCGGUGGCAAGUAUGUUGUCCGUUUCCUGAAGGACGGGAAACUCGACGCUGGUUACUCCGCUCACCCCUCUUUCAUUACGAAAGAGGAGCUUACCGCCAUUGAGAAGCCUUUCUCCAUCGCUGCCGCAGAGACCGACAGCAUUUUCACCCGUGAGCUCCGUCACGAGUCUGAGGACAUCCUGAUCAAGGCCCGUCAGCCGUAUCAGAUCAACCUCUUCAGUGGCGUUGUGCACGGAUUCGCCGUCCGCGCGGACCUGAGCAAGCCGGAGAACAAGUUCGCCAAGGAGCAGGCCUUCCUGCAGGCUGUGGCCUGGUUCAACUUCCACCUGUGA